CCUCCCGCCAGGUGGGUGUGGGGUUCCACCUGACGACAGGAGCCAUAAGUUCACUCACUAAUGUCGGUGUUUUAACAGCUUUUACCGGACACGACUCAACGGUCAUUGUGUUGGUUUCGGUGCAGCUAUGAGCCAUCCACCCCGUUCAGACCGGGGACACCGGGACCGAAACGGAGACCGCAGACACCACCGGGAGUCCCCCGAUGACAGGCGGGCUGCACCCGACAGGUCUUCCUCUCGUCCCCCGUACUACCCCCGGGAAGCUGGACCCCCUCCCAGAGACGCACGGGACGCUCAUCCAGUGGAGCAUCAGGAGUCCAAAUGCAUACACAUCUGCUCCAGAAGAGGCAUCGUUCUGAUUUGUGCAGUUUUGACCAAUGCCCUCGUCUUGAUCUGUGUAAUCGCAGCUCAGAUGGUCACAACAGGUAUGUCCUCUGCAGCUGGGAUGGGCGGUUUUAACAUUAACUCCAACUUCCAGCUGCAGGGCACUGAGCUGCAGCAGGUACGAGAACUGGACAUGCAGUACAGCCAGAUGAGAGCGCCAGGCAUCUACGGCGGCAUCACCUUCAGCCUCACCUUUGGCGUCCUGUCACUGCUUUUUGUCGUCGCUGGGAACAAACCUCCCCACCUGAUGUCCAAGAAGCUCCUGUAUGGAGCGCUGAUUUUUCAGGCAGUGGGUGCAGUGGUGUACGUGGUCGCCGUCGGGCUCUACUUACACUUCAUCAUUGGGGUCAACUCAACAGAUGUGUGUAAACGGCGUGAGCGGCUGUAUGCACGUAACGGCUACACCUGGAUGAACUGUGACGUGAGCGGUGCGGAUGCAGCAGUGGCUCUGUUCGGGCUCAUCACAGCCAUCCUGUACAUUGCCGGGACGGUGCUCACAAUCAAAACCAUCCGAUGGGUGAAGCUCUGGGAGCAGGAGCAAAAACAGAAGCCUCGAGCACAGCCGCAGAGGGAGCCACUGAGACCUGAAACCACAGCUGUGUGAGGGGUCAAACAGGAUGGACCACCAGGGCCCCUGGACCACAAACAGGAUCAAAGGGUUAGAAGCUGCCUGAGAUGCAUCUAUGGAUGUACAAACGGAGCUGCAAGUUUGUCCUGGUGAUCAGCAGGACCUCAUUGAUAAUAUCAAGGUAAGACCCUGUUUACACUUGGCUUUAAAAUGCAUUUUCAUGAUCUCAUCAAGGAUUUGAUUCACUGAGUAACUCACAAUAUUAAUGCUAAUAAUGAGUUUCGCACAAUAAUGAUGACAAUAGGAUACAGUAAUUUUGCAACACCAUUAUCUGGAAAACAUACAUGUAAAGGGGCAAAAAGUAUCAAUUAUGUCUUUAAUCCCAAUAUUAUGCUUAUAUAUUGUACAAUAGAAUAUAUUUUGUCCAAUCCCUAAACUGAACAUUUGUGGGCAACUGAGAAACCAAAAAUAUUUCAAAAUCCAAUCUGUAUAGUUCUUUCCAACUCUUGAGAUUGUACACCAUUGUUCCUUUGCAUUUUUUUCCUACACUGAUCAUGUAUUAUCCUGUUCUGGACUUGUCAGUCAAGCAUUAGCAUUUACACUGGGGAUGAAAAAACGCCAUAGAUAUAUGAUAUUUUGCAGUAACAGUCAUAUGGAUAUUGACCUUGACCUUACUGUGAUUUUGAUAAUAUUAAGUAUGCAUUCUAAAACCAAGUGUCAGUACUUUUGUGCAGGGUUUUGUCUCUAUUCCAGAUGUUUUUAAUAAUGCCCAUUGUCCACUCAGUGUAAAGUCUUUAGGCUGAGUGGGAGCACAUACCCACAGGGACGAACUGUAAUGAACAUAAAAACGCAGCUGGCUCAUGGUCUCACAAAGCCUAAGUGAGUGGGCGGUGUACUGAAGUCCAGUUUUACAGUACAUCCAUGGGCCAAGUGCCAAGAGAAGUAUGCAUGUCAUUCAGCACACUGGACUCAUCAUUCCCAUGGAGGAAGAGACGAAUGCACUGUGUUUGCAAUGCAGUGACAACUUAAGAGAAACACAGAUAUUCUAAAAGAUUAAUGGAGACACUUAUCAUGAUAAUUAUAAACAUGUUUUCAGGUUGGAUUUACACCAGUGACAGUUUACCAAACUAAUGUCCCUGUGUUAUUAAUAGAGGUUUCUUUUACCCCUGACAGUACACACCACCACUAUACCUCCAUUUUCUCCAAAAGGCAGAUAUUUCGUUUUAAGUUUUUUGUUUUUUUUUUACUGUUAUGGUAUCAAUAUACUACUUUCUGCAGUGCAGUAUUGUCCAAAUACAUUUUGGAGGCUGUAGUAUCUCAGGCUUUCCUAACACUGCUUUAAUACCAAUGAAGAGGCAGAUAAUGAAAAUAAAUGUGGGAACUUUCUGUUAUGGAUUCAGAGAUACUGAUGUUUUAACUGCCAUCAGCUACCUGUCACUAUGAUGUUCAUCUUUACUUUACUUUCAUCAGGAGUAUAAGUAAAUGAAUCCUUUAAAGUUUGUAUAAAAAAAAAGUAUUCAUGUACACUUUAUGUGACAAGAUGAAAAUAUUAACUGGAACACCCUCUGAAGUCUGAUUUGUGACGUGGACGUAGUUGGACUUCACUCUAUGCAUCCACAGUAGUGUAAGCUCAGUAAGAUCAGAACAUGCUUUAUAUGUUGUGUGUAAUGUUUCUGUGGGCUUGCGCUGCAGUUGUUUUUUUCAUCAGAAAUAAUGUAGUUACAAAUAUUGCAUGAUGCAGUCAGAUGAUCUCAGGUAUAAAUGCAUCUUCAGCAGUAUUUGAACAGUAUUGCUCUGCAGACAGUUCUGUAUAUAUUGGCAUAACUAGAAAAUAGUAAUGAACAGAAGAAGACAGAUUGACAUUUAAGUGUAGCUCUGUCCUUUGAGGAAAAUGGAGGUGUCCAUAAACUUUGGACAGUAGUGUGUGUGUGUGUGCAUGCUUUAAUGCUCGUAAUCUGCUCAUCUUUGUGAGUGUUAAGGCUUUUAGACUCAGGCACAGUGAAUACAAAUGCAGUUUAUCCACUGUUUUUAUGAGACAGCACUGAUUAUUAGUGUGUUUGUGGUUGGUUUAGUAAGCUCACACUGGGAUCAGGAUCUGUGAUGUGUAUUUAAGUCAGCUGUGUCAAACAUAUGUCUGUGGGCCAAACCCAGCCCACCAUACGGUCCAGUCUGGCCCCUGGGAUAAAGUUGUGAAAUGCAAAAAUUAUUAACAGUCAAGUGUGUCAAACUUAUUUUAGUUCAUGUGUUACAUACAUAUCGAUUGAAUCUCAAGUGGGUUAGAAGAGUAAAGUACUAUCAUAAUGCCCUAUGAAUAAUAUCAACUCCAAAUUUUUGUCUUUAAAGUAAAAUUACAUGAAAAUAUUUACAUUUGCAAACUAUCCUUUCACG